GGUUGAAGCAGAUACCCCGGGUUUAAAGGGCGGAUAAAUGAUGUGAAAGUUGGUCUAAUUCAAAUUUCGAUUCAUGGUAAAAAGAAGAAAAGUCAGCUUAAUUCUAAUCUCGACCCGGGACAUUGUGUUUACUAAACUAUUUAUAAUUUAAAAGUCCUUUUGGCGCUAAAAACUAUUUCAUCCGUUGACCCUGUCCCAUGCGAAAUGAUAACGGUGUCUAAUUCUGAAAUACGCAAAGCACGGCAAUUACACGAAAAAAGAAUGGUGAAGGGACUUACUCUGUUGAAUUACUUUUUAAAACCUGGUGAUACAUCAGAAACGCAAGACAUGUCUUCUGAGACCCCUCCUGCUAAUGCCACUGAUCGGCAACACAAUGGUGGCGCACACGUUGAAGACAGUCCAGAGAUGAAUAAGAAUAGUGAAGCUAAUGUAAACUAUGAGGACUAUUUAGAAAUGGUUUUAAAUGUAGAAAAUGGAAUUGAAGAUAUGGAUAAGAGUCGGAAGAAAAAGAAGAGGAAAAGUAAACAGCAAAAGGAAUCUCAAGCAGAUGAGAAUGACGAUACUGUUAUUGCUGAGACUGAAGAGAAUGAUGAGGAAGGCAUUUCAAAGAAAAAGAAAAGAAGAAGGAGUAAAAAACAUGGAUCAAUCGCAGAGGAAAACGAAGAAAGUAACACCGGAGACGUCGUUAACAAAGACAAUGACGUUGACGAGGUUGAUGGAGAGGUGGCAGUGAAGAAAAAGAAAAAGAAACAUAAAAAACACAAAAAGGAUGAAGAGGAGGUGGAGGAGGAGGAGGCAGAGGAAAUAUUGCAAAAUGAUGCUGAUGUGAAAUUGGAAAGAAGUAUGGACGUUGGUGAUGGUGACUACGCAGUUAGUAGUGACGAUGCUAGCAAAGGGAACAAUAAAAUGAAAGAACGUCAAAAGAAAGAAAAAGAAGAAAAUGAAAAGUCAAAGUUUUUGAUAUCAAGAAACCGAGAACAGACGUGGCCAAAGGAAGACGUAUUAAGACUUUUAGUUUCUCUUCAAAACAAUUUAUCAGACACUACAAAGAUAAAAACUGAAGAACUUUGGGAACGGGUCCAGUUUGAUUCCUACACACCUGAAGACUGUAAGGCUAUGUAUACAGCGGCUGUAGCAAAAGUUCGCAAGAUUCGGACAAUGUUGGAAAUCGUAAAAGAUGCUAUCAGGAUAUUACCGACAUUAAACACUUCCAAAACCAAAGCAAUAACGAAGCCAAAACCGAUGACUCCAUUAAAAUUGUACAUAGAUUCGCAUUAUAAAAAAGCAUUCAAGAAAUUUCCACAUCUUCGCCAAAUCGAAAUAUUGAACCUUAUAACAAAACAGUGGGUGACUUUGGACGAUAAAAAGAAGAUGAAAUAUAUUAUGCAGGCAGUAGAUUGGGAAAAGAAGUACUUGGACGAAGCCGAGGAAUACAAAAAAUUGCACCCAGAGUUUACAGCGAAACCUUUUUUCACAAAACUUGAACAGAAAAUGCUUCUUAGAAGGACCGGUCUCCCUGAGAAGCCUUGCUGUAAUGGUUUUGGAUUGUUUAUCAAAAUGUCUAGCCAUCUCCUUGUUGAUGUGAAAGGCACCAACAGAAUGAAAGGACUUAGUAAAAUUUUCAAUGAAUUACCAGCAGCUGUGAAAGAAGAUUAUGAAAAUAGAAGUAAAAUGGAAAGAAUAGAGUACCAAGAAAAAGUUUCUGAGUACGUUAGUAAAUUGUCUCCCGAAGAAUGUUUAUCAUCAGUAAAUACUAAAUUGGUAGAGGAACAACUGAAAUUAGAGAAAAAGAAUCAACCUGCAUCUGCGUUUUUGUUAUACUACAGUGAAAAUAAAGAUUCUUUACCUGGUCUUGACAAAGCUGAAAAAUAUAAAGCUCUUCAGGAACGGUGGAAAAUGCUGCCGAAAGCUUCACAGCAAUCGUACAAAAAGCAGAGGAAAGCAAUGCAAAAAUCCCUAAAUUCAAGGACCAACAAAAUGAGAACAGUUUCUACUCCUGCAGCAGCGACAACAACAUGAUCAUCAUCAAGACAUUUCUUUUAAUAAAACACUCUUUAUUACAUACUUU